AUGGCAGCCGCUGCAGUUCAGCCACCAUCACUUCCUGGUCCUCCGGGCCAGCCAGACAUCGCAUACACCCCUAAUUACGAGAACUACUUGGCUCGGAUAAAACGUCAUGGCUUCCCCCAGAACCUGGAGUCAAAGCUGGUCUGGGAUGGCAAGACAUUGGCUGAGCACUAUGACUGGAACUGUGUUCUCACGGAGGACGAUCAAAAAGAGAUCGACGAGGCACUCAACCACUUCAAGUCUUUGAAGAAGCCACUGGGCGAGAUUAGCCAAGAGACUUUCCCUUUCCUCGGCACCAACACCACGAUGCGCGAGGGCAUGCUCGUGUCCUUUGACGUCCACAACAUCAAAGUCGAAACCGAAGAGGCCCAAGCCCUUGAAGUCAUUGCCGAUAGUACUAUCGAUUCCCUCGUCCAACGUCAGAAGACAUUCGCCGCAAAGGGGGUUGCUGAUACUCUAGACCCUUCCGGCACUCGCCCUGAAGGCACCGAAGAGGGUGGUGUUCCGGUCCACCCUGAGGGAGAGCCUGAUGAGGAUAUCGUCAAUCUUGGACGUGAACAUGUCGAACACCUCAUCCGUUCCGACCCCUACGGUGGAUUGCUACACCUCAGAUCGCCUAUUCUGUCCCACCGGAUCGGGGCGCCGGCGUACACCACGGAGAAGCAGGUCUUCCACACAGACGCGGGCGAUGUGAUUGCGCUCUUCGCCCUCGGCGAAGCCGCCGAAGGCGGCCAGAGUUUUCUGUCGAGCAGCUGGCACGUCUACAACGAGCUGGCAAGGACCAGGCCGGAUCUGAUGAGUAAGGAUCUGGCUAAAACCUGGAUUAGGUUCGGGAAGGACGGCAGGGCGUACAGCAGCAGAACCCUCCUGCACCAUCAACCGGCAGCUGAUGGCAAGUCCGAGCGCCUCAUCAUUCAAUACGCUCGGCGAGUCUUCACCGGCUACUGGGGCCUGCCGCGGUCGGCCGACAUCCCGACCAUCGCGGAGGCGCAGGCCGAGGCCCUGGAUGCCCUCCACUUUCUCGCCGAGAAGUCCGCCGCCUCCCUGGAUUUUCACAAGGGCGAUAUCCAGUACGCCAACAACUUGAGCAUCUUCCACGCCCGCGGGGGUUUUGUGAAGUUGAACUCUGACGAUAAGCAGCCUCAUCUGAUCCGACUCUGGCUUCGAGACCCCCAGAACGCUUGGGAGACCCCCGAGGCGCUGAGAGACCGCUGGGAUCGCGUCUACUCCGGCGUGACCCCGGAGAAGUCUGUUUUCCCCAUUGAGCCCCAGAUCCGCAGCGCAAGCCGAGGGGAGUCCAAGCCUGAGGAGGAUAUUACUAGUUCGGCAUUCUGA